GCGAAUUGAUCGGAGCCAUUCAUUUUAACUGCACACCGAGGGAGAAACCACAAUAGUUGUUUAAGCGUAAUGAACCACAUGUGAAAUAUGAGGCGAGAGAUCGCGGCCGUGGUGUUCUUCCUGAAGAGGCUGGUGAAGAAGCGCGAGAGGUUGGAUUCAGACAAGAUCGAGCUGUUUGUGGAGCGGCUGGCGGUCGCCCUGCAGGAGAAGUUCAAGGGCCACUGGUACCCCGAAACCCCCAGCAGGGGGCAGGCAUACAGGUGCAUCCGGGUGAACGGGUUCUACCGGCAGGAUCCGGAGCUGCUGCGGGCCUGCAGGGAGAGCGGGGUCCAGUACCGGGACCUGGGGCUGCCUCGAGAGUUCACGCUGUGGGUCGACCCCGGGGAGGUGUGCUGCAGAUAUGGCGAGCAGAACCCCUGCUUCUCGGUGGCCACUUUCUCCAGCGAGGAUGAGGACGACAAAGACGUGGCGAAGAAUGUGACCAGCGCCCUGGAGAGGGUGACGUCCGACUACCACUCAGGUUCCUCUUCAGACGAGGAGAGCGCGCGGACCUCCCCCCUCACAGUCCCCAACAGGCACAGCGCCUACCAGUUCCAGAUGAAUCCAGCUGCCCCCUCAUGGCAUCCCAAAAACAUGGCACCGUUCAAAUGCCCCAAUCCCCCACGGCCUCACUACAGCUACCGGUACCGCGGGAGAGCCCCCAACAUCCACAACGCCUGGGUCCCCCCUGCGCACAGGGCGGGGCCCGGGUACUGGGACACCAACCAAAACCCCACACACUGAAGCAGUUUGGAGUGGCUCACUGUUCACACUGGACAUUAAACCUGGAGAAAACUUAAGAUCAACUGACUGACCAAUGUUUUCCGUUGUUUUUUUUUUUUCUUUCCUUUUUUGUUUUUUAAGCAGAAAGUUUUAUAGCUUGAAUAUUGGUUGUUUCAAACUAAAUCUUUUUUGCACUUUAGACUACUUGUUAUAGUUUGAAUAUAAGUCACUUGUAUUAAAUUAGAUAUGGAAAUUGGAAUACUACACGUAUAGUCUUGAAGUACUGUAUUUUUACUAUUGGAGAUGUUCUUGUAUGUCACCUGCUGUCCUUUGUGAUAAAAUGUUUUAUUUAUACAUAGUUGCGAAAAGUGUCAGAUGUAUAGACCUAAAUUUAUGGAGUUUUAUUAAAAACAUUCAAGCUUCA